UUUUUAUCGUAUUUAGCAAUUUCACCAUUCGUGCGAAGAAUUCCAGCACCAGUGCAAAUAAACAGACUUUCCGACAAUCGAGGCGAUACUCCGUGGCGCAAGCUGCAGUACGUCCUUCCCGGUGCCACCACCAACACCACUACCACGAGCAAAAAGGCUCGAGUGUAGAAAAGUGCUUUUCUUUUGUCCAUCGCGCUGUUUAUCGCCGUCGUCAUCUAGUGUACCUUGGAGUCAAAGUGGAUCAUUCGGUCGGUGUGUCGGUCGUUGAAGUGCCCCCGGGUGGACACGGUGUUAACACUGCCGGCCGUCAUCGGCGUCGAACCGUACGCACGGUUCCGUAUCCGCAGGAAGUGGUGCUCAGGUCAGCUGCAGGUCGCAACCGUCGGCCGCUUGGGGGCGACAGGUGACAGCUGAAGGUUGUGCGAAUCUUUAGCCAGGGCAGACAGGACCGGCCGGCACGUUGGAUAGAAGGGUGCGACGAUGUCUGAUUCGUUCUUUGGGUUUGAUGCAUCACUGCCCGGUGAGGACGACGAUGGAGGCGGUGGCGGCGGCGGUGGUAGAAGAACAGGCGGUGGACGUGUGCUUGGUGGAGGUGGAAGCGGUCGUGGAUCGGAUUCGGAGGAGGAGUACGAUGCGCUCAACGACGAAACAUUUGGACAGGCCCGGGAAGACGACUGGGAAGAUUUGCACGAGAAUCUUGUUCGAAUGGACCAGCGAGAAGGUGGAGACGGAGAUUCUGGUGCCGACUCAGACCUGGACAUCAACUUCUCCUCGGUCGGGAUCGAUAACUUCGAGCUGGAUAACGACACGGAACCGGAAGCUCGGUUGCAGCUGGACCCGAGCGUGUGGACGAUGCCAAGCAAGCCGGAAACUCCGAGACAUACCGUGCCCUCAGUUUCGUCCCAGAUGCCACCAUCGGUCGUUAGUGCAGCGAACUCAAUGCCAGCACCAGAUCGCUUCAGUGCAGCAAUAGGAAGGUUUCCGACUUUGCCCAAUCCAAGCAUGCGCAUCUGCUCGCUGGAGGAAAUCGAGCAGAACAUGAUCAAGCAGCAACAGGAACAGAUGCGCCGCGGUAUGACUCCACUACCCCGUCCUCCUCCAGGCUUUCCACCACCUUCCAAUCCGGCACAAGCGAUGCAGCAACCUCCGCCAGGAUCAUCAAUGCCCCCUACGCCAAUGAUCCAUCGUCCGUUACCGAUUCCGAUCGGGUUUCCUUCGCCUGCUGUUAUGGGUGGAACACCGGGCGGACAAUCGUCCGCACCUGGUGGUCCGAUGGGUCCACUUUUUCCGCCAACCAAUAUGCCACCUCCUAACGGUGGUCAACCCGGUGUCGGAGCACCUCCAUUUCCAUUUCCAAUGAACUUCCAAGGUCCGCCUGGAUCAGGGGCAGGACCGGGUGCAAUGAUGCCUCCCAACAACAUCAACAACAACAACAACAUAAAUGGCGGAAUCAACAACAAUAAUGCAAGCUUCAGUCAGCGGCUGGUGGAAGAGAUCCAGCAAAACCAUCCAAUGCUACCCCACUACAGGCAACAGCCACCACCCGCUACGAUAACUCAACCUCCUCUACCGAUGGGUGUACCGCCGCCCGUUGUUCCUGGGCAGAUGCCACCAAUGCCCCCGCACGGCCCUAACUUUAAGCACCCGUUUAUGGCCCAUCACCAUCCAGGGUUUCCACCGAACUGGAAUGGACCACCACCACAUCCUCAUGGGAAUCCGCAUCAUCACGGUGGACAUCACCAUCCGGGAUUUCCGGGGGGCCAUCAUCACUUUGCCCAGCAGCAUCAGCAGCAGGGUCAAGGUCAGGGACAUCAUCAUCAUCAUCAGCAUCAGCAUCAGCAACAGCACCACCAUCAGCAACAACAUCAAGGCGGCGGAGGUGGAGGCCAUCGAUUGCACAAUGGAAAGCAGAAUCGCAAUUUCGAAUACGAUGAGUACGCAAACAUGAUGACCGAACGGGCGAAACACUGGUUGCUCGGUAUUCAACUGUCCCAGCUGAAUAAGGACACGGCCUACUACAAUGACUAUUACUUCUGCGUGAUCCGUGACCGCAAGGAGCGUGAGCGUGGUGCCGAGCGGGAAAGCAAAGCACACAAGGACAACACGUUCUAUCAUCCAUUCAGCCAGCAGCAGCAGAACCAGCAGCACUGGAACGGGUACGGCCGAGAACGUCGCAAUUCGGAAAAUUCCACUUCGACAAAGGAUGGCAUUAAGGAGAUACAGCCGCGCCGCUACAAGCUGGUUCAGUUCGAGAACUCGCUCGGUAAGCUGCAAUGUGGUAGCGUAAUUGCACCGCGCAAGAUCAUCGAUCAGGAUGUGGUGGUAGAUCGUUCCGUCGCAGAAGGAGGCGGUCCCGGUGGCUCGAGCAAUACUGGAUCUGGCGCGAAUAAUGCUCCCGGUAGUUCGGAUUCGGUUCAUAAUCAGCGUCGUUCAAGACAGAUACUGCUGCAUGUGGAGAACCUUUAUCGACUGGUGCUACGCCUCGAGGACAUGUCCAACCAGUUGGCGAUUGAGGCCAAGCAGCAGAUGAAGGAAAAGCGCACCAAGGAGCGUCUGUUAGCCCAAGAAAAGCUAACAAGCGGUACCGAUGAGCAGAAUAAUGUGAACAGCGGUGCACAGAUGGCAACCGUACCGGCAACGCCCGUGUCCGAGGUAGAGCAAGAUACAGUAGAAAACCUGCUCGAGCGCAUAAUUCCGGCCGUUAAUGCCGAAGGUGUUCUGCGGCUGCUGUCCGUGCGCAAAGGCAAACAGCUGUUGACACGCAUUCAGAAAGCUUUCGGAGAUCAUUCGGCACGAUGGACGAUCUGGUGUACGGUAUUGGCAACAUUGGUCGCACUGCCCAAGCGAGAUCGUGAAGAUGCAGAGGAUCAGCUUAAUCCGCUGUUUGCGGAGUUCGAACUGCACGUCAAGUAUGCUCAGCCGAGUGAGCUGAUCCCGCUGUUUGAGACACUGCUCAACACAGAUCAACUGCUUCCGCUGGUACCACGGUGUAAGUUCCUGCUGCUAACCAUGCUCACACUUAUCGUCCAGAUGGAACAGUUGUCCACGAGCGAUGGCGCUCUGGAGCAAGCCGCUGCUUUCAACGGCGAGGCGGACGAUAGCAUCAGUGGUGAUGGUGGAGAAACUGGUACCCCACGGCUCGUGUGGACACGUUGGAUGAGUUUGCUACGGGAGCUCGCACGUGUGUUGGAGGCGGCCGCAGCAGGAACCGGCGGUAAUAAACCACAGAAAGUUCUGAUCAAGUUGGAUUCGUCCUGCGGCCAAGUGAAACAAUUGCGCGCGCACCUGCAGCGACAUCCGGAGCUGGAAUUGGAGCACAAGCUCCGAGUUAUCGUAUCGAUCAUCGAUAUCGGUACCGGUGGUCCAUCGUCUUUGGCCACAACAGCGGAAGGGCCAGCGUCGUCGGCGGAUGCAAGCAAAAACCAGGACUGUGAUGAACGAAAAAAAGUGAACAGUGCGUGAAUCAAAAAGUACCUCCUUCCCAUUCAUCUGGAGAGAAGAAAAAAAGAAUUUUUCUCCUCCUUCGAACCGGAUUUGAACCAGUGACCUAUGGAUAACUAUGUGCGUGCACCGAGAGAGAGCGCGCGCUCACCGCUACAGUCCACCGCUCUACCAACUGAGCUAUCGAAGGUUGCGUAGACGAGGGCGCUACACACCAAACAUAAACAACAGCCUGCAGGCAAUUUUCCCAGGUAAAUAGCAGAUGAAAGGAACGCGAGACAGAAUCAUUUCUUGAAGGAAAGUUUACGGCAGGCGCGUUCAGCAUUGGAAAAACUUCUACCAUCACACACUUUUAAGUUUUAUGACUUCCUUCCGUGAACACAUUCUUCUUGAGCAGCGGAUUUCUCGCAAUUCCCCAUCAUUUUGUUAUCAAGUUUGCUAUCAAUAAUUCCUUGAUCCUUGAGUAAAACAGAACGAAACAUAUAUAACAAUGCAAACAUGUAUGACAAAAGUACUUAUAAGCAAUAGAAAGUGUAAAACAAAUAUCGAAAUAACACGUAUGGAAUAUGAUUUGUUUCCUGACAGUUAGAAAUGUAGCUAUAUUUGAAAUAAAAAUAUUAAUGCGAAAGAGCAACAUGGAAUAAUAAAUAAUAAAUCCCCUUUGUAUUCAAGAAAAUUUUCAUUUGUUGCAGUAGGUUUGAGAAUUAAUAAAAUAAAUAUAAUUAUCACAAAGUUAGUGAAAAAUAACCGUUUUUUUAUAUAACAUAAGAAGAAGCGUUGACAUAAGAAGAAACAAAAAAGCAACUCCCGAACAAAUAUAUCGCCUGCGUUGGUAGAAGUUUUCUUGCACGGUCAUGCAAACAUUUAAAAGCAUCACGAGCUGGAUAAAUGAAGUACAUUUUGUCAAAUUGGAAGCAUAGAUGCCGAAACA